GACCGCGACUCCAUUAAAACCUAAACCGAACUAAACUAAAACUAACUUGCAUUCAUCCCUUGAGUCAGUGAGGCGGUCAUCAGUGAAAUCGGUUCAUGAUUUCAAAGUGCCUGUGCGAAGUUACUUUUGCUGGAAACUGCAGCCUGGGCUCUUGUGGUGUUCAAAUCAUUCUUCCGUCAAAUACACGUUACCCUGACCUUACAGUGGAUGAAGAUACCUCAAUGGUCUGACUUUGCCAAUUGCUCAGUUUCAGCAUUUAGGAAGGCUGGGAGGAAAGAGAAAUCCUGCCAAGAUCUGAGCAUCUCGGUGACUUAUUUUCCAGCACCAUCAAUAGCUGUGAGCGUCAACUGAAUAUUCUCCCAAGGAGUGCCAUGAUCUUGAAGUCACUUUAUUAAAAACGGUUGUGUCUGCAGAUCGGUCAAGAGACUCGGACGUUUACAGCCAGAGAUGACACUGAGCGUGCUUCUGCUGUGGCCUGCAGUCUUCAAGGGGGGCAUAUUGAUUGAUGAGUGACUGCCUGCCGAUAAAUCCUCUCCUCACUGCUUCCUGGAUUGGACUUCACUAGGCAAUCUAUCACUUACCUUCACACGCACAUGUGGGGUUUUUCACAACAGUAGUUUCAGAAUCACUGGGACCUGGAUUGAUUUCAUCAUUUGACGGAAACGAACAGAAUCCCCGGCGCCUGAGCACCAUGGCCUUGAACGUGGCCCCCGUCAGAGACACAAAAUGGCUGACAUUAGAGGUCUGCAGGCAGUUCCAGAGGGGUACCUGCUCCCGCUCCGAUGAGGAGUGCAAAUUUGCUCACCCCCCCAAGAGCUGCCAGGUGGAGAAUGGAAGAGUCAUUGCCUGCUUUGAUUCCCUCAAGGGCCGUUGUUCAAGAGAGAACUGCAAGUAUCUUCAUCCUCCAACACAUUUAAAAACUCAACUAGAAAUUAAUGGGAGGAACAAUUUGAUCCAGCAAAAAACUGCUGCCGCGAUGCUUGCCCAGCAGAUGCAAUUUAUGUUUCCAGGAACCCCACUUCAUCCAGUGCCCACUUUUCCUGUAGGUCCCGCCAUAGGGACAAAUACGGCGAUUAGCUUUGCUCCUUACUUAGCACCUGUAACCCCUGGAGUUGGGUUAGUCCCAACGGAAAUUCUACCCACCACACCUGUUAUUGUUCCCGGAAGUCCGCCCGUCACUGUCCCGGGCUCAACUGCAACUCAGAAACUUCUCAGGACUGACAAACUGGAGGUAUGCAGGGAGUUCCAGCGAGGAAACUGUGCUCGGGGGGAGACCGACUGCCGCUUUGCACACCCCGCAGACAGCACCAUGAUCGACACAAACGACAACACCGUAACCGUUUGUAUGGAUUACAUAAAGGGGCGUUGCAUGAGGGAGAAAUGCAAAUAUUUUCACCCUCCUGCACACUUGCAGGCCAAAAUCAAAGCUGCGCAGCACCAAGCCAACCAAGCGGCGGUGGCCGCCCAGGCAGCCGCGGCCGCGGCCACAGUCAUGGCCUUUCCUCCUGGUGCUCUUCAUCCUUUACCAAAGAGACAAGCCCUUGAAAAGAGCAAUGGUGCCAACACGGUCUUCAGUCCCAGCGUCUUGCACUACCAGCAGGCUCUCAGCAGUGCGCAGCUGCAGCAGCAUGCGGCCUUCAUCCCAACAGGGUCAGUUUUGUGCAUGACUCCCGCUACCAGUAUUGUACCCAUGAUGCACAGCGCUACGUCAGCCACUGUCUCUGCAGCAACAACUCCUGCAACAAGUGUCCCCUUCGCAGCAACAGCCGCAGCCAAUCAGAUAAUUCUGAAAUAAUCAGCAGACACGGAAUGGAAUGCCAAGAAUCUGCAUUGAGAAUAACUAAACAUUGUUACUGUACAUACUAUCCUGUUUCCUCCUCAAUAGAAUUGCCACAAACUGCAUGCUAAAUAAAGAAUUAGUUCUUCCGGACAGACCACAACUGUAAGAAGCUAGUGCUGCUAUAUCAUAUAUGAGUAUUAAAUAUGGUAUGCUUAGUAUAUUCCAACCUAAGAUAGUUAACUACCUGCGACCAGCUGUGACGUUUAAAGACAUAAAGGAUAAAGUUUACUUUUCAAGGGUUUCUAAACAUAGUUUCUGUCCUAGGAAUAUUGUCUUAUCUCCAUAACUAUAGCUGAUGCAGAAAAGCCCAACCAACGUACUCAUUUCGAUUGCGAAUAUUUCCAAGUUAGCAAUAAACAAUUAGCAUUAGUUAAGAAAUCUGUUCCGAGGGCAGGUUCGAUUCUAACGCCAGUUACUGUCAUUUCCUUUACCCACUGGAUCAAAGCAUAUGUUUCGCUUCUUCACAACAUGAAUGCUGCAGCAAAGGUGAGAAGUGAAGUAAAACUGACGCCUGUCCUUCAGGUCUAAAAUUUGAAUGGAAAUUCAAGCACAAGUAUGGGGGACACAUCACAGUGUGGUAUUUGGUUUGCCCGGAGAUGCCGCAUUGAAUCGUGUGAUUCUAGAAUAACAUUAACUAGAUUGAAAAAGAAACUUUGCACGGUAUGAACUUCAUACCCCACCAAACAAAGUCUUGAAGGUAUUAUUUUACAAGUAUAUUUUUAAAGUUGUUUUAUAAGAGAGACUUUGUAGAAGUGCCUAGAUUUUGCCAGACUUCAUCCAGCUUGACAAGAACGAGGCCCAUGCCAACAGUCUAAUCUAAGGGAUUAGUUGGAAAAACUAACUCACCAUCCGGUUGCCUGUUACAGAAUAACUUCGAAACUAAAAACCUAGUCAAACAACGAAGCUGUAGGUGAGGAGAUCUGUAUAAUAUUCUAAUUUAAGUAAGUUUGAGUUUAGUCACUGAAAAUUUGACUGUGACUUUAAUCUAAAUUACUAUGUAAACAAAAAGUAGAUAGUUUCACUUUUUAAAAAAUCCAUUACUGUUUUGCAUUUCAAAAGUUGGAUUAAAGGGUUGUAACUGACUACAGCAUGGAAAAAAAAAUAGUUCUUUUAAUUCUUUCACCUUAAAGCAUAUUUUAUGUCUCAAAAGUAUAAAAAACUUUAAUACAAGUACAUACAUAUUAUAUAUACACAUACAUAUAUAUACUAUAUAUGGAUGAAACAUAUUUUAAUGUUGUUUACUUUUUUAAAUACUUGGUUGAUCUUCAAGGUAAUAGCGAUACAAUUAAAUUUUGUUCAGAAAGUUUGUUUUAAAGUUUAUUUUAAGCACUAUCGUACCAAAUAUUUCAUAUUUCACAUUUUAUAUGUUGCACAUAGCCUAUACAGUACCUACAUAGUUUUUAAAUUAUUGUUUAAAAAACAAAACAGCUGUUAUAAAUGAAUAUUAUGUGUAAUUGUUUAAAACAUCCAUUUUCUUUGUGAACAUACUAGUGAUUGAAGUAUUUUGACUUUUGAGAUUGAAUGUAAAAUAUUUUAAAUUUUGGCAUCACCGCCUGUUCUGAAAACUAGAUGCACCAACCAUAUCAUUUUUGUUGGAGAAAAAAAAGAAAUCCACCAUUUUAAUUCAUGUCAGUCGACGUCUAAUGACCAUCUUAUAUUGUAGAUUUGAUAACCCCAUCGAAAGAAAAUCACAUAAGUGUGAUCUUACAUCGUGCUUGUAUCGUGGCAUUUGUUUUAAUUUGUGGGAAAGUAUUGUAUCUAAUUUGUAUUUCUUUGGUAGUUUCAUCUUUAUGUAUUAUUGAUCUUUGUAAUUUUCUCAACUAUAACAAUGUAGUUACGCUACAACUUACCUAAAACAUUCAAACUUGUUUUCCUCUUUUCUUUUUUCUUUCUUUGUUAUUUCACUUAAACUCAUUGAAAACAUAGUAUACAUUACUAAAAGAUAAAUUACAGGAAUCACUGAAAUAUUUUUGUAGACUAAUUGUUGUCACGGUGUCUUUCUUUUGUUUCAUGAUUUUGAUUUUUAAAAUUAUUAGCACACAGCUAUUUUCAGCCCUUUAAUAAUGGGAGCAUCAGAAACAUCACCUGUAUCCCCAGACAAAUAUAGAAGACUGUAUUUUUACUAUGAUAUCCAUUUUCCAGAAUUGUGAUUAUAAUAUGCAAAGAGUCAUAAAUAUGCCAUUUACAAUAAGGAGGAGGCAAGGCAAAUGCAUAGAUGUACAAAUAUAUGUACAACAGAUUUUGCUUUUUAUUUAUUUAUAAUGUAAUUUUAUAGAAUAAUUCUGGGAUUUGAGAGGAUCUAAAACUAUUUUUCUGUAUAAAUAUUAUUUGCCAAAAGUUUGUUUAUAUUCAGAAGUCUGACUAUGAUGAAUAAAUCUUAAAUGCUUUGUUUAAUUACAAAAAUAAAAUCACCAGUAUCCAAGACAUGAAGAUAGCAAUUCAACAAAUACCGUAGUUAAGAGAUGAACUCGCCACUUGUGUGGGAACUACAUUUCACUCUUGGUUUUCAGGAUAUAACAGCACUUCACAGAAAUAUUCUUUCAGCCAUACCACUGGUAACAUUUCUACUAAAUCUUUCUGUAACACUUAAAGAAUUCCCUCAUUCAUUACCUUACAGUGUAAACAGGAGUCUAAUUUGUAUCAACUCUAUGUUUUGGUUGUAAUAUUCAGUUCACUCACCCAAUGUACAACCAAUGAAAUAAAAGAAGCAUUUAAAAGGA